AUGUGGAGUGAUUCAACCAUUGUUUUGGGAUGGUUAAAAACUGAUCCCAGCAAGCUAAAAAUGUUUGUUAGCAACACAGUGCAAGAGAUUCAGGAAACAACAUCCGGAAUAAUAUGGAGUCAUGUAUCUUCACAGGACAACGCAGCAGACAUAGUUUCGAGAGGAGCCACUCCUCAGGAAAUAAUUGAUAAUAGAUUAUGGUGGUUUGGUCCAACAUGGUUGUUAUCAAAUUCAGAAUGGCCCAGCAAUAAGUAUGAAGAAGUGCCAGUAGAAGAUAUGCCAGAACUAAAAGUGCUGCAAAUAAACCAGCCCAAUAUAAAAUCAGAAAACAUAUACUCAAAAUAUUCAAGUUUUAAUAAAUUAAUUAGAGUUAUUGCAUACUGUUUGAGAUUUAACUUAAAAUUAAAAUAUCGUCAUAAUAAAGAUACAUUAACUUUGAGCACCAGAGAAUUAGAUUAUGCUCACAAUGCGAUAAUCAAAUUAGCACAAAGAGAAGAGUUUAAUAAAAUUAUUCAUGAAUUAGAAAGUAAUAAGUACACAGGAUUGAACACAAGUUCAGAAUUAAAAGGUUUAUACCCAUUUAUUGAUUCUGAAGGAAUAUUGAGAGUGGGUGGUAGAAUAGACCAGUCAGAUCUUACAUUUUCACAUAAACAUCCGAUAAUAUUACCUAAAGGACAUCGGAUUACAUAUUUAAUAAUAAAACAAGAACAUGAACGUUUACUUCAUGCAGGUACUCAGGCAGUAUUGAUGAACAUAAGAAGAAAAUACUGGCCAAUAAAUGCAAGAAAUCAAAUUAAGGGUAUCAUUAGAGAAUGCAUCAAAUGCAAAAGAUUUCGAGCUGAGCAAUCACAACAAUUAAUGGGAUCGUUACCCAGAGAUAGGGUUAUACGUCAACGACCAUUUUUGUCAGUUGGAAUUGAUUAUGCAGGACCUGUUCUAAUACGAUCUAGUCGUUUAAGAAAGGCUCCUAAAACUAAAGCAUAUAUUGUCAUCUACAUAUGUAUGACAACAAAAGCUAUACAUUUGGAUUUGGUUACAGAGCUCUCAACAAAAUCAUUUUUGGCUCCAUUAAAGCGUUUUGUUUCACGCAGAGGUGUAUGUUCUACAAUCCAUAGUGACAAUGGAACAAACUUUGUUGGAGCUAGUAGACAAUUAAAUGAACUGUAUAAAUUUUUUAAACUAGAAAUCAACAGAAAAAACAUUAUUGAAUGUGUAGCAAAUAUGGGUAUCACAUGGAAAUUUAUACCUUCCCAUGCUCCACACUUUGGAGGCCUCUGGGAAAGUAAUAUCAAAUCUAUGAAACAUUACUUACAUAGAGUUAUAGGAUCCACAUGUUUGACCUAUGAAGAAUAUUUGACUUUAUUAAUACAGGUGGAAGUCAUACUAAAUUCCAGACCAUUAAUCUCUUUAAGCGAUGACAGUACCGAUACUAUAUAUUUAAGUCCCAGUCAUUUUUUAAUUGGAGACCUUAUGACUGCCAUCCCUGAACCAAUAAAUGACAAAGUUAUUACCAAUAGAUUAAGCAUACACAAGCAAAUCACAGCAAUGCGAGAUCGGUUUUGGCUUUUGUGGUCAAAGGCCUAUCUAUCAGAACUACAAAAUAUUUAG